ACCAUGACGCAAGUGAAAUCCCUCCCACAAUGCAUUGCUUAUCGGCGGAGUAGGGAGGAGAACAACGGAACAGCUGCCAGUUCCAAAUAACCUGGAGGAACAUUAGUUAUCUAUGAUUUCUAAGUUAAAGUUACUUAGGGAAGUUUUAUUUAUUAUAUCACUAGAGUGUUAAAAACAGAUGAAGUGUGUCUCCGGUGGUUUUAUCUCUUAGCAGCUGGCGGUGCUGUUAGCAUCAGCUAGCCGGUUAGCUGCUCCCCUCUGGCUGCUGGUGUGUGUUGUGACUGAACCUCCUGGUAACAUCAUCAGGCAGCUGAACAAAGGACACACAACAUACUGACUGUACAAGUGGUAUUUACAUGUUAUAACACUGACAGUGCCUGCCGUGUCGUGUUAAAGAAGUUAGCAGGUAGUUUGUGACCAGCAGCUAACUUAGCCUUGCUAUUAUUUGGUGACUGCAUCUGGUGGGAGCCUCAGCUAACUUUAGCCAGAAACCACAAUGAGCUCUGAGGAGACCGCAGCGUCCACCAAAGCCACCCCAGAGGAUGAUGGGAUGACAUGGUGGUACCGAUGGCUCUGCAAAAUAGCUGGGGUUGCAGGAGGAAUAUCCUGUGCCAUCGCAGGAGUUUGGAACUGUGUCACUGUGAACCCCUUAAACAUUGCUGCAGGAGUUUGGAUGGUGUUGAAUGCCUUCGUGCUGUUCUUAUGUGAAGUACCGUUCUGCUGCCAGUUCAUAGAGUUUGCUAACGCAAUAGCAGCCCGUGCAGACAAACUCAAACCCUGGCAGAAAGCCCUCUUCUACUGUGGGAUGGCUCUGUUUCCUGUCAUUUUGAAGUUUUCCUUUACUACCUUGUUUGGAAAUGCCAUUGCCUUUGCUACCGGAGUUCUCUACGGCCUGGCAUCCUUAGGCAAAAAGGGAGAUGCAGUGACAUAUGCCAGACUGCAGCACCAGAAACAGGGGGAUGAAGAAAGGAUGGCAGGGACGACAAAUGGCGCUCCAGAAUGAAGCACCAGCAGAUUUCCAUCCUCCUUUUCCUCCCUUUUCUUCAGUUCUCACAGAGAAAUGUCUCUCUUACUCCAUCCUACCUCCAUAUUUCCCUCUAUUCCAUUUUACUCAUCGCAUUAACAACAAUAAUGAGUUUAUUUACUUAAUCUGCUGCAAUCCUUUUGUCCUGACCUAAUGGUACUAAGUGGGACUGGAUCAGGAGGAGGUGUGCACAAGGAGUUAAUGGAUACCUGGGAUUGUAAGUGUUGUUUUUAUGUUUUUAAUUCCUUUAAGUGUUUUCCUUUGUUGCCUUUGGCGUUGUUAGUUGCAAACCCUUUUUUUUUUUUUUUUUUUUUUUUUUUUUACAAUUUAUGUGGUGGUUUACUGUACAUCUGUUGACCCUAAGAGUCCUUCAGGAAAGUCAACUAUGAAUUAAUGUGAUUGUAAAAUGUACAGAUUGACUUCAGGUCAUACAGUCGUAAGUCAGAGUUGUCAAACAUGGGGGUGUGUGUUUGAAAAUGACUAAAAUGUUACACAGGGUUCAGGUCUGAGCAGUUUCUGUCAUCUGUUCAAGGCAAAUAUUAAAAAUGAAUAUGAAUGUAUGAAUCCCCCAAGUCAAAUCACAAGCAAGUAUUUAGCAUUGGUGCAUUAUUCCGGCCAGUAUUGCACUCACCAUGCACACACAACUCUGAACUGUAGCCUGAACUGAUUUUUUUUGUUCUUUUUUAAUCAUUGGGAUUGUAUAUGUGUUCAACCCAAAGAGAAGUUUGUGUGUUUUCUUUUGAGUUGAUGAUUU